UAAGCCACACAUAAUACAGUCUUUCGUUUUAUACAUUUUUUAGUGUUCUUCUAUCUUACUAUACGAAAUGAAGCACGUUGUACUUAUUUCAGUUUUGGUCUUUUGUUUUCUCUUCUCCACAUACGCGACUGAAGUUAAACAGGAGGAUUUAGAAGAGGUUACGCAGAAAAUAUUUUUCGAUGUUACUAUUGGCGGUGUAUCGAAGGUCGAGCGCAUCGUUUUCGGGCUUUUCGGAAAUACAGUCCCUCUUACAGUGAAAAAUUUCGCUACAAUUUGUACGGAAGGGGUGGAUAACAAUCGGUAUAAUUUCAAUGGCACCAUAUUCCAUCGGGUUAUUAAACAAUUUAUGAUCCAAGGUGGUGACAUAGUUAAACGUGAUGGAACGGGUCAGAUUAGUAUAUUCGGUCCUAGCUUUCCAGACGAGAAUUUCCUUGUACCUCAUUCAGGUCCCGGCUACAUUAGCAUGGCUAAUGGUGGUCCAGAUACGAAUGGUAGUCAGUUCUUUAUAACUACAAUAAUCACGCCAUGGUUAGAUGGGCGACACGUUGUUUUUGGGAAGGUGCUUGAGGGUUUCGAAUUCGUAACGGCAAUCGAACACAAUCCAACUAAUGCUUCAGAUAGACCCAUAAUACCUUCGAUCAUACGGCAAUGUGGCUCACUUCCGAUGUGAUUGUACCAACGAUGAUCAGUCAAUAAAUAUUUU